AUGCGCAUUGGCUGCUGCUUCAGCUGCUGGACCUUCCUGUACCUGGUGCUUCUGCCGUGCGAAGAAGCGUAUCCACUGAUACCACGAUUGACGCUCGAGCGGGCGCAGAAGCCGGUCUUCGGUAACGCCAGUGCUGUGUCUGCAGCGUGGCAGGCGCAGGUCAUUGGAGCGAAGCGCCGGGCACGGAAGGCUGGCAGCCGACCCUGGCGGCCCCACUCGCCGCUGGCAGUGCCAACCAGCUUUGGCGCGGCAGAAGAGGCAGAGCUGCCACGAUCCGGUACGGCCCUAGUCGUCUACCCCGCGCAUGAUUCAAGCGUGGCCGUCAGUAUUGAUGGACGCAUCCAAUGUGUAUUGGAGCUGGAGAGGCUCUUCAGGGAACGAUACUAUUGGCCGCGCCUGCAGGACACCGCUUAUGUGUGGAAAAUGGCCCUGCGCUUUGUGAGUGACCGGUGUGUUUGCGAGACUGAGUGCCCAACAAGCUUUGACUACGGUGCCGUGGUCCUCUUUUCGUCAGAUCCCGCAACAGAUCGAGCGGAAUACGCUCGGCUGCCUCUCAUUGUCGAGAAGGUCUUCAAAGUCCGGCAGUGGCGACUUAUUGACCAUCAUGAAGCUCAUGCGCGAAUGAGCUUCCAUGACUCGCGUUUGAGCUCUGCGGUGAUCGUGAGCUUUGACGGCAGUGGCAAUGAUGGCACCUUCAACGUGUACUUUGGGAAUGGGCGCCAGCUGUAUCGACUGGGUCAACUUGGCAUCGAGAUUGGAACUCGAUAUACAACCAUGGCGGCGUUCAUGUCUGAAGUUGCUCACCACGAUGUAGCGAAGUGCUGCAAGAACUUCGUUGAAAGAGCCGACAGGGAGCUGUUCGAUGCACAGUCGCUGGUCAACUUGCACCACUUCAAGUUCAGCCUGCUCGACCAUCUGGGUUGGGCAGGGAAGAUGAUGGCCUAUGCCGCCCUCGGGCCCCACUCCGCAGAGAUGCAUCAGUUGGUGAGAUGGUACUACCGGAACAGCUCUGAGGGCACGGACUACAUCCCAGUGCAGCUCAUCCGCCGGGCAUGUGAAUCUCUGGAUGGUCAGCGGUCUCUGGCGGCUGCAGCGCAGGCAGAGUUUGAGGAGUACGUUUUGGACUUAAUCCGGGCUAUCCUACAGGGCAUCAGUGAUCUUGGUAUUCCAGAUCCAGAAGGGCUUGUUCUUUCAGGUGGAUGCGCCUUGAAUGUUCGAACGAACCAGCGCAUCCUGGACGAAGUAUUGGAGGCUCGUCCGCCGGACAAGCGUAUGUCCCUGCACGUCACCGCCGCGCCCAACGAUUCGGGCCUUGCCGUGGGCGGCAGCUGGGCCAUCGUUCCGCCGAGCAAAUGGCAACCGCUCCAGUAUAUUGGCUAUCAUCUUUGGGAUUCGCCAUUCCUGCAGGACCACGUCACGAAUUGGGGCGCGAAGAAUCUGGAGACCUUAGGUGGUGUGGAGUACCUAGCAGAGCUGUUGUCUGGCGGCCCGGCUUGGCUGGCGGAAAGAGGCCACGAGGCUGCCAAGCCCAUCAUUGGGGUCGUGCGGGAUCGCCAGGAGUUUGGGCCCAGGGCACUGGGCCAUCGAUCGCUGCUUGCAGUGCCAGACUCCGACGAAAUGCGAGAUCGCAUGAAUAGGCUGAAGUUCCGCCAGUGGUUCCGGCCGGUCGCCCCGAUGAUUGCAGAGGAAGCCCUCGAGGAGGUGUUUGGGCGGCCAGUGAAGUCAACGUACAUGACCAUGGCGCCGCAAGUCCGCCCGGAGGUGCUUGCAAAGUUCCCAGCCUUGUCCCACCUGGAUGGCACCGCGCGUCACCAAUCUGUCAGUCAGGAGGAUGAGCCGUGGAUCCACGCGCUGCUGCUGGCCGUGGGCCGUCGGGUGGGUCUUGCGGUUCUCAUCAACACCAGCUUCAACACAAAAGGCAAACCCAUCAUCAACCGCGCAGAGGACUGUCUCAAAAUGCUCGAGGAGAUGCCAGAUCUCGAUUAUGUCCUGAUCGACGAUUGGCUCUUCCGGGCGCCAGCCGCGAAAGUUCAGCCAGCCGCGCGUGUGUAA